GAUUAAAAAAAGGUAAAACAAAUUUAAGUACCUUUUGCUUGUUUACAAUUUUUUUUGUUAUAUAAACAUCGAAUAUUCUCAGAAAAAUUGAAUUAAAUCCUAGAACUCUGUUUAUUUUCUAAUGUAACCUACGUAAUAAUUGAGUUUGUAUAUUUUUGAAAACUGAAUCACAAAUAAGAAAAAAGAAGUGAAAAGAGUGCCAGGUGAUUUUAGGAUGAAAAACCAAGAAAAAAUCAUGGAGGAAAAUACAGAAAAUUGCUAUAAAUAAUGGAAAAAUAUAGAAUGAAGUGAGGUUAGAUGACCAACAACAAUACGUCACAUCGAAUCCAUUUAAAUACAAAAAUCGGGGUCAACUUUCACCUGCUCGAUGCCUAGCUUUCGGUUUUCAAAUAUUUGCACCUGAUUAACAUCAUUACUGGUCAAAAUUUCGUGCGACAGGCUUUGAAAAUGGCCCUAUCAAAAGUGCUGUGCAGACAACUACCCCUCAGGAAGUUCCUACCCUCUGUAUCGUGUAUUUACAUCAACAAUAAACAAGAAACUCGGCUGUUGUCGUCUUCAGAAAUACAGUUUGCCAAGUUGGCUCAGGAGAAAAAACCUGACUGGAAUCGAGCAGUGAGCGAGGCAGAGAAAAUUGUGGGCUAUCCGACAUCCUUUUUGAGUUUGAGAUGGUUGCUGAGCGAUGAGAUUGCUAAUGUGGCUCUGCAUUUGAGGAAACUGGUUGGGUCGAACCAUCCUUUAUUAAAGACAGCAAAAGGGUUACUUUAUAAUGGGAAAAAUAAUAUGCAGGCAUGGGGUUUGAUAGUUUUAUUGAUAUCGAAGGCGGCUGGGCAUUCCGCGGAUAUUCCUGACAUGGAACAAGAUAAGGCAGCAGGUGUCUUACAUAGUCAGAGAGCUCUGGCUGAAGUUACCGAAAUGAUCAGAACAAGUCACUUGGUACAUAAAGGUUUGGUAAAUUUACAACCACCUAACAACAUCGAUGCAACAGGUGAUAUGAUGUUUGGAAACAAAAUUGCUUUACUUAGUGGGGACUAUCUAUUGAGCAACAGUUGUAUAGAGCUGGCUAACUUGAGAAACCAGGAUUUGGUCGAGCUAAUGAGUUCAGCGGUUCGAGAUUUGUCAGAGGCUGAAUUCGUCGGCCCUAGAGAUAAACAAAACAACCCCUUACCGGCCAAGCCUAAGUCGAAUCAGGUGGAAUAUACUCAGUUUACUGAUAACAAUCUGGAACCGUUGGUGGUGAGUGAAGCACUAGGCAAUGCUCAAGCAGAGUGGACAUUAAGACAUGUUUUAAAUGCUGGUUCUCUUCUUGGUAAAUCAUGUCAAGGCACGUUGAAACUGGCAGGACACUCGGAGGAUCUUCAAGAAAAAGGAUAUUUGUUCGGGAAGCAUUUGGCGUUAGCAUGGCAAGCAUGCCUCGACAGAGAACCAUUCCAACAAGGUUCAACUGGGCCAUUUAGUUUGGUAUGCGCGCCAAUGAUCUUCACUCUUCAACAUAAACCUGAACUUUACGUGCAUAUUGAAAAUGGGCUGGAAACGGUUGAUGAUGUUGAUUACGAUCUUUUAAGGAAAGAGGUUAUGGAAGGACCAGGGUUGGACUUGACCAAAAAACUACAAAAAGAACACUCACAAGCUGCCUUACAAGUUUUGAACGAACUUCCAGCCUCCGAUGCCAGAACAGCACUGGCAAAUAUAAUUGCAGCCAUGCAAGAAUCUUAGCGUUAAUAAGUUUAUACUAAUUAAAACAGGUAGGUGGAGCAACUAAAAUACCGUAUGAUCGAAAAAAAAAACGGCGUCGAGACGGCUGGGAAACGACAAUCGAUGAUAAUUUUGGCGCGGUCAAUCUUUAGACGUCAUGUGCUAAAAACUUCACUUUAACCUUCUUAAGGCCAUUAAAAUAUAAAGAAGAGUACAGGCUAAUUAAAUGACGUCUAGUGGGGCUUGACCUCGACAAAAUUAUCAUCGAUUGUCAUUCCCCA